AUGGACUCCACCGCCUCACCGCCUCCCUAUCGCCACCAUUCUCGCUCCGAGCCUCCCUCCCGAACCAAGUCCGCGUCACGCCUCGCCCAAUCGGAGAAGGUCCCACAUCUCUCUCUCGCUCUCAUCCAAUCGCCUUCUCCUCCGUCUCGCAAAUCUUCCGCUUCUUCUCUCCCUCUCCACGAGCUGCUGCUACUCUCGCCUUCGCCCAACCCAAGAAGGUCCAAGACCCGCCUCGCCGACCGGUUCGACAUGCCGGAUGAGCCCGCGGCGGAACCACGGCGGAGGUGCAAGAGCAGCAGAGCCUCCCAGAUGGGCUCUCUGGGCUGUGCCUCGCCCAGGAACACCAGAAGGUCCAGGAGGAGAUCGGAGGUUGAGAGUCGAGAAGAUAAGGAUUUGGGUUUGGGAGAAGAGGUUGUGAAACCAAUCAGGAAAAGAAGGUCUAAGAAGGACAAGCUCGGUUCGGUCCCUUGUGCUCCUUCCCCAACUUCAUCUGCAAUGGAUGAUGAGGAUGGGAGUGGUCUGGACCGAAUUGGGCAGCUGUUGAAUGAUCUGAUAAUGUGGAGAGAUGUAGCAAGAUCAACCCUUUGGUUUGGUCUGGGCACUCUCUUCUUCUUCUCUUCUUGCUUUACCAAAGGAGUCCACUUCAGUGUCUUCUCGGCCGUUUCCCAACUAGGACUUCUGUUCUUGGGUGCUUCAUUUGUCUCGAAUUCAAUUUCUCAGAGAAAUGGUAUCGAAAAGAAGCACGAUUUCUUGCUCAAGGAAAGUGAUAUUCUUGGUGUGGCCAAAAUGAUACUUCCUGCAGCAAAUCUUGCAAUAACAUGUACAAGGAAGCUUUUCUCAGGAGAACCAUCUAUGACUCUCAAGGUAGUUCCAUUCUUUCUUCUAGGAGCAGAAUAUGGACAUCAUAUAACAUUGUGGAGGCUCUCUAUGCUUGCCUUUUUUAUCAGCUUCACAAUCCCAAGGCUGUACUCAUGCUACUCCAUUCAAAUGAACCAAAAAGCUGAGUGCUUGAAAUGGAGGGUGUUGGAAGCAUGGGGAGCAUGCUCUCACAAAAAGAUUGUAGCAGCAUCAGCAGCCACAGCAUUUUGGAAUCUAUCUUCAGUGAAAACCCGUAUAUUCACCGCAUUCAUAUCCCUAGUAAUUCUUCGUUACUGCCGACAACACAUGGUGCAAGUUAGAGAAACAGAUGCAGAACCAGAAGAGGAGGAGCAGCAGCAGGCCAUGGUGGUGGCAGAAGCAGAAGGAAAACAGGAGCAGCCGCCGGAGCAGGCAUUAGUUGUGGCCGAAGUGAGCAAGCAAUCAUAA